CCUCGGAGUUCACUUUUUGCUGAGUCUCUGCCACAACCCUGGCCAGCCUACCCCAUGAUGGCUUUGUGCCUCAAGCAAGUCUUCAAUAAGGACAAAACAUUUCGUCCCCGGAAGAAAUUUGAACCCGGCACUCAGCGCUUCGAGCUGUACAAGAAAGCUCAGGCCUCUCUUAAGUCCGGGCUGGACCUGAAGGCCGUCGUGCAGCUGCCUCCCGGGGAGAGCAUCAACGACUGGAUUGCAGUGCACGUGGUGGACUUCUUCAACCGCAUCAACCUCAUCUACGGGACCAUGUCGGAGUACUGCACAGAGAAGAGCUGCCCGAUCAUGUCGGGCGGGCUCAAGUACGAAUACAGGUGGCAGGAUGACAACAAAUACAAGAAGCCCACCAAGCUGUCGGCCCCCCAGUACAUGUGUAUGCUGAUGGACUGGAUUGAGAUGCUCAUCAACAAUGAAGACAUCUUCCCCACCAGGAUAGGUGUUCCCUUCCCCAAGCAGUUCCAGCAAGUUUGCACUAAGAUCCUCACCCGCCUCUUCCGUGUCUUUGUCCAUGUCUACAUCCACCACUUUGACAGCAUCAUCAACAUGGGUGCUGAGGCUCACGUCAACACCUGCUACAAGCACUUUUACUACUUCAUCAGGGAAUUCAGCCUUGUUGACCAUCGGGAGCUGGAGCCUUUGAAAGAAAUGACAGAACGAAUUUGCCACUGAAGUGAUUUUGGCAGAAAAACACAGCGGACUCAUUGGCAGUCCAGUGGGACAAGACACCCUCGCUGUGGUGGGACAGUCAUUCUGAAAGACUCGCUCUGGUCAUUUCCAUCCACCGGACUAUGAAACCUGCAGAAGAGCCUCUUCAGGCCAGGGCUGAAUCCUGAGCUUGUUCAACAUCUCUGGACAUUUUUUUUUAAUAGACCCCAAUGUCUGUCAUUCAGCUAUUAUCUUAGAAAGCCACUGACUGCUGGAGAACAAGGCACGUUUGACUGACUUUUACACUCCCUGGUCUCUAAGACCUUAGCCCUAGGUCUGGUGGUAUCCAUUCAACUACCCUUCCUCUUUUUGUCCUCAGCUAUAAUGAUCCCUGAGUAAGAGACCUGCUCACAGGGUACUCUGAUUCUCGUAGCCAAGCUCAUCUGUGAGCAAAUAUGAACUUGGCUGCUAAGUAAUGAUUUUUACUAUUCCCACAUAGACUGGGUUUGUCCCAUCUGAGGUUAGCUCUGCAAAGCUGGUGGCACUUGAUCCCAAUUACCAUCAUGAGCUGGUGAGUCAAUGCACCAUUUUUAAUCACAAGCUACAACUGUCUCCUCUGUCCUGACCAAUUCCUGCUUUAUCAAAGGGACCAUGACUUCCCCACCCCUCCAAAUGUUCACACUUUGCAAAGGGGACUUUAUGAUAUUCCAAAAUGCACCUAACAUUUCUUGGACUAAAGACUAGAUGCCCCAUGACAGAUGGAGGCUGUUUUCCAGUGUCAUCAGCCCUGUCUGUUUUCCAGACUCAGAAAUCAGGAUAAUAAGUGAAGGAAAGAAACUGUUGCCAAAAAACCAAAUAGUAUUUCCUGCUAUGUUGUUUUUGGCUCAAACCCAGCAGAUCUUGUCUGUAGAAACUGUUAUCUUCUCAUUAUCCAACUAUGCAUCAUAAUUAAUUAGGCUGGGAGGGACAUCAAGGGACACCUGAUCUGCCUUGUCCUUCCAAAAAGGCAAGAUCUGCUCUACUUAAACCUUGUUCCCUGGGAUUUCUUUAGCCUAAGAAAGAAACCACACUGACUAUACCUGGUCUAUGUCAUUGUUCCCU